AUUCGGCGCUCUCACCGCCGCGGCCCGGGUUCGAUUCCCGGUCAGGGAACGACGUUUUGCGAUAUUUUCGGGUGAACUAAAACCUUUAGACUGUCGUAGCACACGGUGGGAAUCGAUGGCUCUGUCUGAUCGUUAAAAGCAUCACACUACAGUCGAUCCGUGGUAGGAAAAUGAGGCCUACCACAUUCAUAAAGGUCAUAUAACUCGGGAUACAGGAAGAGUGUAUAAAGUAAGCUCAGCCACCCACACGCUAAGAGAAACACUGUGCAGAGUACAGGAGAGUCGCAUCGUACAACCGAGACUGCAAUCUGAACAGCAGAAUUGUUCACGUGAAGUCAAAUGGAGGAAUUUCAGGUGACAAUUCGAACUUCACCUGGGCCUCUCGCGGGAACGUAUAACACCCUUUGGGUCUCACUGAUCGGUUCUCAAUGUGAAUGUCCACCAGUGAGAGUAGUUCCAGAUGGACAAUGCCUCCUGCCUGGUUCAACCUGCACUGUUGUGGUCAAGCCUGAAAAGGAGGUUGGCACAGUGGUUCUGGUGCGGUUGCGUCUUGAGACUCGGCCUGGCUUUCCCAAUUUGAACUGGCACUGUCUGGACGUGCAGCUGAAACCGAGAGCUGAUGCUGCAGAGGUGGAGCACUUCCCCUGCAACAAGUGGAUCAAGACUGCAGAUGGUGAUGUUGAGCUUCGCAGCAAUAGAGUGUGCCUGCCAAAGGGGGAAACUCUGCAGAUACUGAGAGAGCACAGAGCCAGGGAGCUGCAGACAAAACAACAACUCAUCAAAUGGAGCACGUUUGCUGAAGGUAGCAUUCGUUGUAUAGAUAUGACCAGCUCACAAUCCCUUGGCCCCAAUUUGAGCUACACUCGACAAAGCCCGGGUACCAACUUGAAUUAUCUUAGAGGGUUUACGGACAGGGCAGAACCUUGGAGCAGUCUGGAAGAGCUGGGGAUCCUGUUCAUCCACAAUGGAAAAGAUAAUGCAGUUGCUAGGUAUGUUCAGGCUCAUUGGAGAGAUGACGCCUUCUUUGGUUAUCAGUGUCUUAAUGGAUGCAAUCCUCUACAGAUCAGACAGAUCCACAGCCUUCCCACGAACCUACCGGUUACAUCUGAGAUGCUGAGGGAUUUCCUGCCUGUGGGUUCAUCUCUGGAGCAGGAGUUGGAAAGAGGAGCUAUAUUUCUCCUGGACUAUGAGAUACUUGAUCAGUUGCCUGCUAAUGUUAUCAAUGGCAAACAGACGUACCUGGCUGCUCCUCUGUGCCUCCUGCACUACAACCAACAUGGACAGCUGAAGCCCAUUGCUAUCCAGCUCCAGAGGACUGCUGGUCCACAGAACCCUCUGUUCCUGCCUUCGGACCCUGAACCUGACUGGCUUUUAGCAAAGAUGUGGGUUCGUAACUCAGAUUUCCAAGUUCACCAGCUGCUCUCUCAUUUCCUGCGUACGCACAUGAUAGGAGAAGUGUGCUGCGUGGCUACUCUCAGAAGGUUGCCGGAAAUACACCCUCUGCACCAGCUUCUGAUGCCUCAUUUAAAGACCUGUCUCCAGAUCAAUAUCCAGGCUCGAACCGCUCUUCUAGCCCCUAAUGGUGUAUUUGACAAGGCCAUAGGCUGUGGCCUGAAGGCUGCACCCCUUUUGCUUGCUCGGGGGACACACCAACUACGCUACACUUCAAUGUGUGUCCCGGAUGACCUGAAAGAGAGAGGACUGGACAAACUGGCCAACUGUUACUAUGCACAAGAUGCUCUUAGGGUGUGGAAUGCCCUUCACAGGUUUGUGGUGAGCUGGGUGAACCUCUAUUACUGUAGUGACCAGGAUAUCCAACAGGACUGUGAGCUACAGAGUUGGAUCCAAGAGAUCUUCACUGAGGGGUUGCUUAGCUUCACUCACACAGGUUUUCCACAAUCAUUUCAGACCACCGCAGAACUGAGCAAGUUUGUCACCAUGGUGAUCUUCUCCUGCUCGGCACUGCAUGCAGCUGUCAACUUUUCACAGGUGGACUUCAACCUGUGGAUACCAAACUGCCCGGCCGUGAUGUCACGCCCCCCUCCUGAGGUCAAAGGGUCAGUGACCGAGGAAGAGCUUCUGUCUUUUCUCCCGGAUAUUAACUCAACCUGCAGCGUGCUCACUAUACUGUUACUUCUGUCACAGCCUGCUGCUGACUAUGUGCUCUUGUGCCAUUAUCGUGAGCAGUACUUCAGGAGCGGUGAUGUUUGCAAGCUUGUAGAGACAGUACAGAAAGAGCUGAGAGCCAUUGCUGAGGACAUCACCAAGAGGAACAGCAAAAUGGAGCUUCCGUACCCCUAUCUCUCCCCCAAUAACAUUGAAAACAGUGUGGCUAUUUGAAAGCAUUACUUUAUGUGCUUUAAUUUUUUAAUAAUACGCUUAUAAUACAAUAUGCUCUUUUUAUCCAAUUUCUCUCAAGAUCUCUCAAAAUAUGAAUACAAAAUACAAGUUUAAAUACAAGGUAAAUGUUAUAUGAAUGAGUAGUUUCCCGGCUACAGUUCUGUGAUCCUAUACAUAUGUAACUCUGAUGUA